AUGAUCCUCACCGAUCUUGUCUCUAUGAUAUUCCGCCUAGCGGAGCUGGUCUUCGCGGCCAUCUCGUCUUGGACACUGGGUCGCUUCAUCUACGCUGAGGUCGUCGCGGGCAUCUCCAUCCUGCUGUCCCUCCUCUGGCUGCUCCCAUUCUCCGGCAGCUUCAUCCACUGGCCUGUCGACCUCAUCAUCUCGGCCGCCUGGUUCGCCGUCUUCGGUCUCCUGGUGGACUGGCUCGGCGGCAGCUGCGGCAACACCUUCGACUGGAGCGGCCUUGGCUUCCGCGGCAACGACUGCGGCUCCUGGAAGGCCGACGAGGCCUUCGCGUUCCUAUCUGCCAUCUGCUGGCUUGUCUCGGCCGUGCUUGGCAUCUGGUGGACGCGCCGCCGCACUGCAAGCGGCACCGAGGCUACCACCCGGAGGAGGCGUUGGUACCGCUCGCGCGCGCGCGUCUAA